AUGGGUCGCAGCAAAAUCGCGCGCGCUAUAAAUAGACUUCGCGGCGCGCCCUGCCCGAGCGCGCCGCUCGACUCCGUGGACGACCUCGCCGAGGACCCCGACGUGUGGUGCGCGCUGGAGAUGCUCGAGAAGGCCGCCGGGAUCGCCACCCGCGUGCAUGACGGGCUGGAGGGCGCCCGCGGCCACCUGCGCGCGGCCGCGCUCCUGGCGGCCCUGGACGGGGACGGGGUCGGCGGCGGCGGGGAGGGCGGCGACAGCACCGCACCAUGGGAGCAGAGCCCCUGCUUCGCCGAGCAGCUCAAUGGCGCCAUGGAGCUCGGCGAAGCCAUGCUGAAGGCGCGGGAGCUCGUUGCGGAGACCGCGGGAGCGCGCGAGGCGGCGUUCGGCUUCAUCGGCGGUGCCAAGUGA